UGGCAACUUCACGGAUCCGGAGCAUGGGGGAUAUGGGAGGAGCGACGGUUUGAGGUCCAGGUGGUUGAGCCUGCGUAAAAACGCACAAAACACACGCCAAACACUUACGAAACGAAUAGUAAGCGUCAUUAAAAAAAAAAAAAAGCUCGAUCCUUCAGGCUCCUGGCACCUCUAUGAAUGAAUAGGCUGUUUUCAGAGAAAGCCUCCUGGGUUUGCUGCUGGAGAAAUAACCAACAGAGCGGAUCGCGCUUCGGUGGUGCGUCGCUGCGACCUUUCCAGAAGAGCAACGCGACAGGUGCAGAUAUGUUUAAGAAAAGCAAGAGCAAAGUUCUGGUGGAUUAUGCGUCAGAAGAAGACGACAUGUCCUGGCACCACCAUCACUCCUACAAGGACAAAGAUAUAGAAGGAGAGGAAGAGGAGGAGGACGCUGUCACUGGCGCAUCCAAGGAGGCCAAGGUGAAGAAGAUCAUGUCCAAGAAAGAGAGGAGGGAGAGGAGGAUGUUCUCCUCUAAAGAUGACGAGCACUUCUUGUUGACUGGAGUGAAGCUGGCUGACCGCAGAGGGUCUCACAGGAAAAUCAAAGACGAUGAGAAGGAGAAGGAAAAGAAGGACAAGCCAGAGAAGGGCCACUGUUUCUGGGAGAGCGUCACCAUGACGAUGAGGCAGAUCUCUCCCACCAAAAAACCGGAGAAGAUGGAGGGCUGGGAGCCGCCUCACCUGGAGAACCUAACCGAGACUGUGACUGAUGAGGCCCCGGAGGACAAGAGCCAGAGAGGGGACUCACCGGUGUCUUUCCCCAAGUCUCUAGGCCUUCCGUUGGAAUUGGCCUCCUGGGGGAGCCGGGGUCUGGAAGAGGACUCCUCCCGCUAUGCUAACCUGUCGGACUCCAAGGAUUCAACAGCUGCUGUCAGGUGGACAGCCCGUGCCAAAGUCAAGCUGGCCGGCAUCAGCAGGAUGAGCAGAGGGAUUGUGUCAGACAGCGCGUGGGAGGGGUUUAAAUAGUAGCCAUUUAACCUUUGAUACCCCUCCCUCCCUCCCUCCUCACCUGUGUACCGUCAAUAAAGAGGAUGAAGACCUGAAUCAAAUAUCUGCUUUCUCAGUAGUCUAGUUUUGGACAAAAUUGUUGUAUAUUGUCAACUGGUAUUGAGAUACUGUACUGUAGUAAAUCCUUGAACAUAACACAUGAAGUUGGACCUUAGUAUUUUAGCUUUAAAAUCCUUGAAGACGUAAAAACAUGUCAUUUUUAUCAAUGGGGUCUUUUGGCAGGACUGCCACUUUUGAAUCAUUGGCAUAAAUUGUAAAUUACAACAAAUGAAAGCCUUAAACUACUGUACCUUUCUAACUUUGAUAUCCACUGGCCUGGCAUGUAGAUAUGUGAUGUUGCCAAGAAAUGAGAAAAGUGAUUUUCAUAUAAUUUUUGGGGCUGUUAGUAGUAGAGGAUUGAUGAAAAAUAUGCAAACCUCCUACUGAAGACUUACUACUGUUACAAUGGUUUUCAGUUCAUUCGUGUCUAUGCAGUUACAGCAUCCGAGCGAAGAAUGUGAGCGUGAAACACUAACUUAUACAUCGAUAAUGAGCUGUGCGUUCGUGAAACAGCGUAUGAAAUACUUUUGGCGUCUGGCAUGCCAGUGUGUGGGACAGUUAGUGUGUGCGUGGGGUAAAGGGAGAGAGUGACAGAGACACUUUCUCACAGAGUAAGUGAUUUUGUGGGUGGACAUGCGUGCAUGUUUGUUUCAGUGAAUCACUGUUGGCAUUGCAGAGGAGAUUUGACGUUCUGACUUGUAAAUAGUGCUCACAGCAGCAUCCAAGUUGUAACUACUAAACUGAUUUUUCCGAAAAGCCCUGACAUAUAUCCAACUUGGCACAAAUAGUGCCUGAAAACCCCGCAAAAAAGGAUGAUGAUGGCUCACAUCAGUGAAAGACCAUCGGUCACAGUAAUUAAACCCAUUUAAAGUUAUAUUGUCACAGUAUUUUAACCAUCAAACGACCAACUCUGUGAUCAUGCAGCCGUCUUGAUGAUGUGAAUGCUUGCAAGUCUUUUACAUGGGAAUCUUUCCCAUCUCUACCAUCCAUCUUGCAUGAUGUCAACACAGCAUAAUAAAUAUGUUGCUCCACAAAAUCAAAACAACGCCCACUUUGUCAUAGAUUGAUACAGGUUUAAAAAAUUAUGCUGAAUAUUUAUAAACUUGUAAUAAUGAAGAAAUAGAAAGCCAAUACCUGUAUAGUUUUUUUGUUUGUUUUUAAAUAAGAAAAGCAGUUACUCCAUAGACCUGUAAAGUGCCUUUUAUCAGCAGCAUGAUUUUGCUGUCACUUUCAACUAGUCCAGAUCGUCCUCUGAGCACAAGCCUUCCGUGCUCAUCACAGCAUCCACACAGGUGCAGGUGAGUCAACCCAGCAUGCACCUGUGCUGCACCAGCUCUGAGACAUUUCCCAGGUAAUGGUGUGGCGGAUACCAUUAGCUUCACCAGCAGGAAGAGGUGCAUAAUAGCCAGCUGGUCAGCUCUUUAAGGCUAAGUUUGCAUAUCUGUAUACUGUAUAGGACUGAGAGGAUAAAGAGUAAUUUCAUUUCUACAAUGAUUUUGUUCUUUUAGGUGAUUAAGAAACUUUAAAAAAAAAUCCAUGCCAUUGGAGGUUGCUUCUCUCUUCUCUCCUUUCCUGUUUUUAUCUGUUUACUGAAUUUUGUUUGAUACUGAGGUCUGCUUCACCGCAGCCAGAACGUUACAGUUACAGGUCCACUUCCGAAGAUGCCUGUAUCCUGUAUUUAUUCCCCAAAAGGCUGGGUCACAUUUUUAAAAGUAGAAUAAAGCUCCAGUCUGACUGUCUGGCUCUGCUUCUUUCAACACUUUGCAGUUUGGAGUAAAUACACGGCUUGACUUACCGGACUUUACUUUCACCCAGAUGGUUUUCACUGAUACAGUGGCCAGAAACAGUCUACCAAGGUCCUUCAACAUAAGGCCUUUAAAGCUGUAAAACAAACUGUAAAGUUAUUUUAAAAAUGUAAUAUCACAGAAGCUGUUGUUCUCUAAAAUAACACUUUGCUACAAUUUCUAAACCUUUAUAUUUACACAUGAAUAUGACAAGUACAUGAACAGUUUUUGUUACUGUAUUUCCUUUUCCUUUUUUUACAACCCAUUGAACUGCCUUUAGGGUUAUGGGACUGAUACUGGAGCACAAUAUAAUGAAUAUUAAUCCUGAAACGUUGCUUCUGUGUUCAAUGGCAAUUUUUCCAUUUUUUUUCCAAGGAGGAUAGACAGUUACAUCCAGGAGGACAAAAAAAAAAAACCAACAGAACUUUAUACAGUAAACAAACAAUUCCCGGUGACCCAAAU